AUGUUUAGAUUACAAACUACAACUGCUUUAAGAAACAUUUCUGUGUUAUCUUUAAAAGCAUCAAGAAAUUAUUCAACAAUUCCAUUAUCAGUUAAAAUUGAUUUACCAAAUGGUAUAACUUAUGAUCAACCAACUGGUUUAUUUAUUGAUGGUAAAUUCGUUCCAUCAAGACAACAUAAAACUUUUGAAGUUAUAAAUCCAUCAACUGAAGAAGAAAUCUUACACAUUUAUGAAGCAAGAGAAGAUGAUGUUGAAAUUGCCGUUGAAGCUGCUCAAAAAGCUUUUGAUUCAACUUGGUCAACUGCUGAUCCAGAAUUUAGAGGUAGAGUUUUAUACAAAUUAGCUGAUUUAAUUGAACGUGAUUCUGAAAUCUUAGCUGGUAUUGAAUCUUUAGAUAAUGGUAAAUCAUUAUUCUGUGCUAAAUAUGAUGUUAAUUUAGUUGCUAAAUAUAUUAGAUCUUGUGCAGGUUGGGCUGAUAAAGUUUAUGGUCGUAUUAUUGAAACUGGUGAUUCUCAUUUCAAUUAUUCUAAAAGAGAACCAAUUGGUGUUUGUGGUCAAAUUAUUCCAUGGAAUUUCCCAUUAUUAAUGUGGUCAUGGAAAAUUGGUCCAGCUUUAGCUACUGGUAAUACUGUUGUUUUAAAACCAGCUGAAGCUACUCCUUUAUCUGCUUUAUACGUUUCUAAAUUAGUUCAAGAAGCUGGUAUCCCAGCUGGUGUUGUUAAUAUUAUUCCAGGUUUUGGUAAAAUUGUUGGUGAAAGAAUUGCUACUCAUCAAAAAAUUAAAAAAGUUGCAUUUACUGGUUCAACUGCUACUGGUCGUCAUAUUAUGAAAGCUGCUGCUGAAUCAAAUUUGAAAAAAGUUACUUUAGAAUUAGGUGGUAAAUCACCAAAUAUUGUUUUCAAUGAUGCUGAUAUUAAACAAACUGUUCAAAGUUUAAUUACUGGUAUUUUCUUUAAUUCAGGUGAAAUUUGUUGUGCAGGUUCAAGAAUUUAUGUUCAAGAUGGUGUUUAUGAUGAAGUUUUAAAAGCUUUUAAAGAAGCUUCUGAAUCAUUAAAAAUUGGUAAUCCAUUUGAAGAAGGUGUUUUCCAAGGUGCUCAAACUUCACAAAUGCAAGUUGAUAAAAUUUUACAAUAUGUUGAUAUUGGUAAAGCUGAAGGUGCUACUUUAAUUGCAGGUGGUGAAAGAUUAAAUCAAAAAGGUUAUUUCAUCAGACCAACUAUUUUUGCUGAUGUUAAAGAAGAUUCAAGAAUUGUUAAAGAAGAAAUUUUCGGUCCAGUUGUUACUGUUUCAAAAUUCUCCACUGUUGAUGAAGCUGUUAAAUUAGCAAAUGAUUCUAGUUAUGGUUUAGCUGCUGGUAUUCAUACUCAAGAUUUAAAUAAAGCUGUUGAUGUUUCAAACAGAAUUAAAGCUGGUACUGUUUGGAUUAAUACUUAUAAUGAUUUCCAUCAACAAGUUCCAUUUGGUGGUUAUGGUGAAUCAGGUAUUGGUAGAGAAAUGGGUGCUGAUGCUUUAGAUAACUAUACUCAAGUUAAAGGUGUUAGAAUUGCUAUUAAUAAAAAAACUGUUUAA